AAGCCAUAUAAACACCGAGGCGAAUCGAAAUUUUCUCUUUUCCUUGCCCAAACACGAACACCGCCAAACCCUAACCCUAAUCUCAAUCCGAUUUUUGUAAAUUAGAUCCCUAAUUUCGAAAUUUCUCUUCGAUUUAGUGUAAUUAACGAUCGGAAUUCGUCGAAGAACGCAGCAAAAUUUGCAAUUUUUUUUUUUUUCUUGGGGUGGGGAGGCGUGUGGAAGGGUUGGAAUUGUUACCUCCGAUUUUUUCGCCCUGUAAAACGAUGGUGGAUCCGUCGACGAAGCCCUCGGAGCCGUUGAUGUUGGCGUCGGGCGUGAGCGGGCGCCUCAGCGCCCUCGUCUCCCUCCUCCUCCUCCUCCGCGCCGCGGUGCUCUUCGUGCUCCUCCCGUUCCGGCGAUGGCCGAGGUUCGUGCCCUCCUCGUCCUCGCCGUCGUCGGCGGCGGCCGCGGCGGCGACGGGGGAGGAGGGGGCGGCGGUGUCGACGAGCGGCGGCGGCGGCGGAGGGAAAAAGGGGGGAGCGGCUGCGGCGACGGUGGUGGUGAGGGUUCCGGCGGCAAUGGUGGCGAAGAGGAGGCAGAGGGAGCAGGAGGCGGCGGCGAGGAGGGCGGCGGCGGUGCGGAGGGUGAGGGUGGCGGCGGAGAGGGAGGAGAGGGAGGAGGGGAGGUGUCGGAGGGACUUCGCCCUCAUGGGGACGGCUAGGGGGGAGACUCUCUUCACCCAAUCUUGGGCUCCCCUCAAUGUUAAGACAAAGGGUCUUGUUGUUCUUUUGCAUGGUUUGAAUGAGCACAGUGGCAGAUAUGAUCAUUUUGCAAGGAAACUAAAUGAUCAUGGUUUUAAGGUGCAUGCAAUGGAUUGGAUUGGUCAUGGUGGGAGCGAUGGUCUGCAUGGAUAUGUUCAGUCUCUUGAUUAUGCAGUCAGCGACUUGAAAGCAUUUCUGGAGAGAGUGCUGUCAGAAAAUCCGAGCUUGCCAUGCUUUUGCUUUGGUCACUCAACUGGCGCAGCAAUUAUUUUGAAGGCAGUGCUUGAUCCAAAGGUAGAGGCUCUUGUUAAAGGUGUUGUGUUGACUUCGCCGGCGAUUCAUGUCCAGCCAACUCAUCCUAUUGUAGCGGUGCUGGCGCCCGUAAUCUCCCUCAUCGCACCGAAGUACCAAUUUGCUGCUGCCAACCGCAACGGACUAUCUGUCUCACGAGACCCAGAGGCUCUGAGAUCGAAGUAUUCAGACCCGCUUGUCUUCACCGGCGCAAUCCGAGUGCGAACCGGCUACGAGAUCCUCCGCAUGUCCACCUACUUGCAGCAGAACUUGAGCCGAAUCAAUACUCCAUUUCUAAUCCUUCAUGGUACUGCCGACUUGGUUACCGACCCUGAAGGCUCGCAAAAACUCUACGAAGAAGCCGCUUCAUCGGACAAGUCAAUUAAGUUGUAUGAAGGGCUUUUGCAUGAUCUGCUUAUCGAACCUGAGAGAGAAAUUGUCAUGAGGGACAUAAUUGAUUGGUUGAACUCGAGAGUAUGAGCUUUAUGGCAUUGCGAUUAGCUCCUUCUGUUCACAACUUCGCCAACCUUUUUCUUCUUUGAGGCGAAGUGAUGGUGUCGACAAUGUUCUGUAUUGCACUCAAAUAUUGCGGGAUCUUAAAAUAUUCCUGAGUUGUACCUAAGCAAUUUUGAGUUCUCCAUCAGUGAUGUAAAAAUUAGUAUGUUCACAAGAAUAUGUUUUUCUUUUUUUCCUCUUUUUCUUCCUUCUCGAAUGCAAAUAAAUGAAUGCCAAAAAGUUAAUUGAAAUAUAUAAAAGUGUACUCUAAAGCAGCAUCUACUCUAAAGCAGCAUCUUUUAGGACCAGAGCUCUUGUAGUGUACUGGAUCUUGGUAAAUAGGCAUGAUCACAGUCGGAGUUGAUGGUUAGCAUGUCUAUAAAGUAUUUAUUGGGCCGAGUUGGAGCCGUUUUGGCAUGAAAUAGAUGCGAAAAUGGACUCAGAAGUGGAGUUUCCUCUGCACUGGUCCUGUGGAGGACCUUGAACCCGUACGCGGCUAAGGAGGGCUUGGAGUGCAAUUCCUUCAUCUGGUUUAGAGCUGAGUGGUGAAUAUUGUAAUUAUCAGAUGGUUUGGAGAAUAGAUUUUUGGAUUUUGUUGGA